AUAUUUAUCUUCUGUCACUUGCCACUUGUGUUAGUUGGAACACUAACACAAGGCACAAAGAAUUUAUCAUUAUGUCAAAUUAUGCGCUGUGGUUUGAAGGGAUAUAUUUCCCUGCAGCAGUCUACGAGCCUGAAAUUUUAAGAGAGGUACGGGACAAGUUUGUGGUGAAGGAUGGAGAUACAAUAACAGUGACUUUUCCCAAAUCAGGAACCAACUGGUUAAUUGAGAUCGUCUGCCUGAUUCUUUCCAAGGGGGAUUCCAAGUGGAUCCAAUCAGUGCCCAACUGGGACCGUUCACCCUGGAUAGAGAGUAAAAUGGGAUAUGAAUUAUGGAAGGGUGAUAAACACCCACACAUCUACACAUCCCACUUACCCUUCCAUCUCUUUCCCAAGUCCCUCUUCAGUUCCAAGGCCAAGGUGAUUUAUUGUAUUAGGAAUCCCAGAGAUGUUAUUGUGUCUGGUUACUUUUUUUUGAGAAAAAUGAAGAUUACUGAGAAACCGGAGACUCUGCAACAAUAUAUGAAUUGGUUCCUCCAAGGAAAGGUGCCCUUUGGAUCAUGGUUUGAGCAUGUUCAGGGUUGGCUGUCCAUGAGAGAGAUGGAAAAUUUCCUGCUGCUGAGUUAUGAAGAACUUACCAAGGACACGAGAAGCACUAUAGAGAAGAUUUGUGAAUUCUUAGGAAAAAAGUUAAAACCCGAAGAAAUAGACUUAGUUCUCAAAUACAGCUCCUUUCACUUCAUGAAAGAAAACAAAAUGUCCAACUUCAGCCUGCUGCCUAAUGAUGUUAUUAAUGAGGAUUUCUCACUUAUGAGAAAAGGAAUUGUGGGGGACUGGAAAAAUCACUUCACUGUAGCCCAAGCUGAAGAAUUUGAUAAAAUAUAUCAGAAGAAGAUGGCAGGAUAUCCUAGAAAUCUGUUUCCAUGGGAAGAAUGUUGAUAAUUUUUAUAUAUUAUAUGAAUACUGAUACCUGUGUUCCUGACCUUGUACUUCUGCAUGCCUAGAGAUCAUUGCAUAAAAUCUAUGAUUUCAUUGUGAAAUCUUGAAUUAUCAAAUCUUUUCAUUUUUGAUAGUUUGCUUGUUACAAAUUACCUUUUUACUCAUAUUCACUUAAUUGUAUCUAUAUAUUAGAAAUACAUCAUGUUCCUCUGUAUGGUAUAUUACAGUAAAAAUAUAAAAAUUAUCCUAAA